AUGGCACACGUGGACCUUUACCGACAAGCGCUAGAGACGACGACGACGGGCGACGACAAGGACGACGACGAGGACGACGACAAGGACGACAACAAGGACGACAACAAGGACAACAACAAGGGCGACAAUAGGAACAAGAACAAGAAUGACAAUAAGGACAAUAAUAAAAGACGACAACAGCGAGGACAACAACAAGCAUAA